AUGAAUAACACAGAUAACAAUUCCAUCUCUUUGCUACAUGCCAUGUACAAUGAGAUACUAUCUUUGAAGGCAGGCCAAGAAAAGGCCAAACUUGAAAUGAAGGCACAGAUCGAAGAGUUGAAGCUCAAAAUGAAGACAAGCAUCGAAGAUUUGAAUUUGGAGAUUACUGCUCUCCAGAGCCAACUGGAGAAUAGAAACAUUUCCAACCAACAUACUUCGCCUUCUGUCUCUGCCAUUGGUCUAAUAUGUGGUGUGGUUACCACAAGCCUUUAUAACUGCUUGAACUCUAUCCGGCAUACUUGCUACAAGAGUACAAAGAAGUUCUGGGUCAAGUCUCUCCCACUCCUAAAAAAUACAAGCCUUGAGCUCUUCAACAUUGUUUAUAGAGACCAUUCUCUCUUGAACAUUGGCUUUUAG